AUGGUCGCCGAACAACUCACCAUCCGCAACAACACCAGCACUCCCAUCAUCCUCAAGCGCAUUGAGCGCUUCGAGGCUCCCAAUCAGAGCAGGGGAGAUGAUAUCGCUUUUCUCGCAAAGAACUUCACCCGUGUGCUCACCAACACGACUCGCACGGUCGAGCCCGUCAAGGCCAUUCAUGUAGACACCCGUCCCUUCGAGGAGCACAACGAUGUCGACAUCCGCCUCGAGCCCUUUACAACCCACAGAACCGACCAAAGGGCAUUCAUUCACUCUGAUAAGGAACGCAUGCGUCUGACGUUCGAGGUCGAUGGCGAACGCCACUCCAUCCAGACGCCCGUGCCAACUACAGAGUCGGCCACCAUGAAUUCUGAGUCCGAGAACCCCAGGUACCGCUUCACGGGCGUCUACAUCACCCCCGAGUCGCACCUGGCGGUCUUCUCAUCGGCGAACCUGAACGCAUGGAUGGGCGAGCUGCGCGAUGAUACAUUGCUCUCCGCGCUCUCUAUCCCUGGCACUCACAACUCACCAACCUGCCACAUCGCGCCGCCCUCGGUGCGCUGCCAGGCCGUCAGCCCGCGGGAGCAGUUGAAGAACGGCGUGCGCUUCUUCGACAUCCGCGUUCAGCCUCAGUACCCCGAUGAUCCUGCCAAGGAUGAAUUGAUCCUCGUCCACAGCGUCUUCCCCAUCUCGCUCACCGGUAACAAGUACUUCCGCGACUUGAUGAAGGAAGUCAACGAGUUCCUGGAGCAGAAUCCCUCCGAGACACUCAUCAUCUCCCUCAAGCGCGAGGGUCCCGGCAACGCCACGGACGAGCAACUCGCCAACAUUCUUUCUCGUCAUUACGCCCGUCCCGACAGCCGCUGGUGGGUGCGACCCAAGAUCCCCACUCUGGGCGAAGCUCGAGGCAAGGUCGUUCUCCUCCGUCGCUUCAAUCUGCCCGAUGAACUCAAGGGCGAGCACGGCGGUAAUGGCUGGGGUAUUGAUGGCGCUGCGUGGGCAGAUAACACUCCCAAUGCGACCUGUCCCAGUGGCCACCUCUGUAUCCAGGAUUUCUACGAGGUCCAGGAAACCACCAACAUCGAGGAGAAGGUUCAAUUCGUCAAGGAACAGAUUGACCGGGCGAGUAAAUGCCGCUAUCCAUUCGGGGAGCUGCCCGGUCCGGUCGAGGCUCGCGAGUUCCCGUUCUAUAUCAAUUUCCUUAGUGCCAGCAACUUCUGGAAGACCAAUACCUGGCCCGAGAAGAUUGCUGCUAAGGUGAAUCCCGCCACGGUUGACUAUAUCUGCCGUCGUGAGAGUCAUGAGGACGGUGAUUGCUCCACUGGUAUUCUGGUGACCGAUUGGGUUGGUCUGGAUGGGGAUUGGGAUCUUGUGCGCUGCAUUGUUGGCAUGAACGCCAAGCUGCGCUUGAGAGAGAACUAG